AUGGGCCAACUUCAGGAAGCUCAACUUUUUGGCUUUUUUGCGAUGCGCGCCGCCGGUCUUGCGGCGCGUGAAGCCGAUGCUGGAGUUGGGUCGGCUCUCUUCCACGUUUUGCAUCGGUACCCAACGCUCCGACUCCGUGGAUUGUUGCGAGCUUCUGGAGUUGUUGGAGGCAUUGGAUUCGGGACGAUAAUGACGGAGACUUUCGUCGUAGGACCAGGUGGAAUGAGAGCGAAGAAGAACGGCGCGGCGGAUGGAAUCCGGACGGUGAUGGAAGAACAUAGCUUAGAGUUUGAGAAAAGAAUGCUUCAGAAGCUUGUUAGCGAAGUUUCAGAAGGUUUUGUUAACGUGUCAACGCUUCCCAAGGCCUCAAAUAAAGCCCUGUUUUUUCUCAAGGCGUCAAGUAGCAAAUCCCGUUUAAUUGAAGCCAACAAAAGCCGACAGUCCCAGUAA